AUGGCAGGUACUUUCUUAUUUACUUCUGAAUCCGUCGGUGAAGGUCACCCAGAUAAGAUUUGUGAUCAAGUUUCUGAUGCUAUUUUAGAUGCUUGUUUGAAAGAAGAUCCUUUAUCCAAGGUUGCUUGUGAAACUGCCGCCAAGACUGGUAUGAUUAUGGUUUUCGGUGAAAUUACCACCAGAGCUAAAUUGGAUUACCAAAAGAUUGUUAGAGAUACUAUUAAGCAAAUUGGUUACGACGAUUCUGCUAAAGGUUUCGAUUACAAGACCUGUAACGUUUUGGUUGCCAUUGAACAACAAUCUCCAGAUAUUGCUCAAGGUUUGAAAUUGGAUCAAGCUUUAGAAUCCUUGGGUGCUGGUGAUCAAGGUAUCAUGUUUGGUUAUGCCACUGAUGAAACUCCAGAAGGUUUACCAUUGACCAUUCUGUUGGCCCACAAAUUGAACAUGGUUAUGGCUGAUGCUAGAAGAGAUGGUUCUUUACCAUGGUUAAGACCAGACACCAAGACCCAAGUUACUGUUGAAUACAAAGAUGACAACGGUAGAUGGGUUCCAAUCAGAAUUGAUACCAUUGUUGUUUCUGCUCAACAUGCAGAUGACAUUACCACUGAAGACUUGAGAGCCAAGAUUAAGACUGAAAUCAUCGACAAGGUUUGUCCAGCUCAUAUGUUGGAUGAAAACACCAAAUACUACAUCCAACCAUCUGGUAGAUUCGUUAUCGGUGGUCCACAAGGUGAUGCUGGUUUAACUGGUAGAAAGAUUAUUGUCGAUGCUUACGGUGGUGCUUCUUCUGUUGGUGGUGGUGCUUUCUCCGGUAAGGAUUACUCCAAGGUCGACAGAUCUGCUGCUUAUGCUGCUAGAUGGGUUGCCAAGUCCUUACUUGCCGCUGGCUUAUGUAAGAGAGUCCAAGUUCAAUUCUCUUAUGCUAUUGGUAUUGCUGAACCAUUAUCUUUACACGUUGAAACUUAUGGUACUGCCACUGUUCCAGAUGAAGAAAUCAUUAGAAUUAUUAACAAGAACUUCGAUUUAAGACCAGGUGUUUUAGUUAAAGAAUUAGACUUAGCUAGACCAAUCUACUUACCAACUGCUUCUUACGGUCAUUUCACCAACCAAUCAUACCCAUGGGAACAACCAAAGAAAUUGGUCUUAUAA